AUGGCGCGUUUCGCUCAAGGGCCGCCUGCUCACCUUUGGAUCGCAGUCUUGCUCUCAUUGACUUACUCAUGCUUCACCUGGUUUCUUCGAAUUUAUGCAAGAGUGGGUUACUAUGGGAUAGAUGAUGUCGCUAUCACUGUCGCGCAUGUCACGGCGCUCGCACAGUGGGCCUCCUUGAUUGUAGCACUCAACAAAAAUUUAGGAGAGUCAGAGGAAGUUAUUGGGACCGAGCACCUGACGAGUAUGUCUCGCGCGGUCGUUACCAGUCAAAUAUUCUUUCUUCUCACGAUGGGACUCACGAGUCUUUCCCUAGCCCUGCUGAUGAGGAGGAUAUUUUCGACAAACACGAAACACAAAGUUGGGUCUUACAUUCUGCUGGGCGUCAUUUCAGCAUGGCUUGUCCUGGCAGUUGCUGCUGUCAAGUCAAAUUGUCCAUCAACGCAUAUACUCGACGGGCAGCAAUACACAUGCCCCAACGAUAUAUAUCGGUGGAGAGCUGUUCUUGCCAUUGCGAUCUGCAUCGAGGCGGCCGUGAUGGGCUUCCCAAUCUAUCUUGUCAGCCAUCUCCGGAUCAAAGUGAGCAAGAAAAUGCUCGUUGUCUCUGCUUUUGCAUACCGAAUACCUAUGAUCGCUUUUUCUCUGCUCUACUUGAGAGUUUACAGCGAGGCAGCACGCUCGGAACAGAGAGCACACGAUUUCACGAAAGUCAUUAUCUGGCAACAAGCCUUGGUCUGCUACAGCCUUUUAUCAGCGACUCUGCCUUUCGUUCAAGCUUUCAUGCGCAGCUUCACAACUGGUGGUACGGCUUUUGGAAGCAUCAUAUACGGUUCUCGUAACAGUCGCUCCGACGGCUCUGGCGACACUUCGAGAAGCAGAUCGCGAAACGAAUCCUUUACGCCGCAGUUUUUGGGUCGAACGAAGACGGUCUGUCGUGGAGCAGGCAAGCAGGUCAACAACGAAGCCCAUCGUGCAUCUGGUGGAUCGCAAGAAUUGAUAGUUCGGCGCGAGGUCACGGUCGCAGUCACUCAGGGUUGA